UAUGAGAUAUUCAUACGAUUACACAUCUGACGAACGAUAUAACCAUGUCUAACGAUAAUAUGGGAGAACCCUCGAACGCGAGCAUAGACGCAGUGCCACAGUGGCUCCGAGCAAUCAUACAACUCCGGACAUUGGAUGAGCGUCUUACCAAGCUCAAGAGUAUACAGAACAGUGGCAGGAGACGUUACACCCCAGCCACUCAUACACCUGCGCCGAAGAAUAACAACAAUGAUGCAGAUGCCAUGGACUGGGUAGACUCGAAUGUCUAUGCGCAAGCAAGGGUCUCCGCCGUCCGAACAGGCUUCUGA